CUCAGGGUGAAGGAGUCGACCGGGUGGCAGCAGGUCUUCACCUCUCCUCGUCUUGAUUGGGUGAUCGACAGAGUCGCGCUGAACGCCAAAGUGAUGGCCGGCUCGCUGGGAGACAACGACAAGAUGGUGGCAGUCGCCUCGGGGACGGAGAUCAUCCUGUGGGCGAUCUGCCCGGACGGCAACGGGAACGAAAUCGGUGUUUUCAGUCUGAACGUCCCCGUGGAGGCUCUCUUCUUCGUCGGCAACCAGCUGAUCGCCACCAGCCACACGGGGAAGGUCGGGGUGUGGAACGCCGUCACUAAACACUGGCAGAAUCAGGACGUUGUUCCCAUCAGCAGCUACGACACCGCCGGCUCCUUCCUCAUCCUCGGCUGCAACAACGGAUCCAUCUACUAUAUAGAUGUGCAGAAGUUUCCUCUGAGGAUGAAGGAUAACGACCUCCUGGUGACGGAGCUGUACAGAGACCCGACCGAGGACGCCAUCACGGCGCUCAGUGUCUACCUCACACCCAAAACCAGUGACAGCGGGAACUGGAUCGAGAUCGCCUACGGGACGAGCUCGGGAACGGUUCGAGUCAUAGUCCAGCAUCCGGAGACGGUGGGCUCGGGUCCGCAGCUCUUCCAGACCUUCUCCGUCCACCGCAGCCCCGUCACCAAGAUCAUGCUGUCUGAGAAGCACCUGAUCUCAGUCUGCGCCGACAACAACCACGUGAGGACGUGGACGGUGACGCGGUUCAGAGGGAUGAUCUCCACCCAGCCGGGCUCCACGCCGCUCACCUCCUUCAAGAUCCUCAGCCUGGACGACAUCGACGGACACGGAGGCUGCAGCGCCGGGACUGAGAUCGGUCCGUAUGGAGAGAGAGACGACCAGCAGGUGUUCAUCCAGAGAGUCGUGCCGGACACGGACAAACUCUACGUCCGACUGUCGUCCAACGGAAAGAGGGUGUGUGAGGUGCGCUCGGUGGACGGCACCUCCAUCACGGCCUUCAUGGUCCACGAGUGCGAGGGCUCGAGUCGGAUCGGCUCCCGGCCGCGGCGUUACCUGUUCAGUGGUCACGGUAACGGCAGCAUCCAGAUGUGGGACCUGACCACCGCCAUGGAGAUCGCCGGGAAGGUCGACAUCAGAGCACUGGGCGGGCCCACAGAGGAGGAGCUGCUGGAGCUGUUAGACCAGUGUGACCUCGCUCUGACCAGGACGCCCGACAGCACGCCGAGAGCCUCCACCUGCAGCCUCCACUCUCAGUUCAGCGACACCUUCCGGUCGGAGCGUCUCCACUCCUCAGGAGGACGAGGAGGCGGAGCUUCAGGUUCUUCUGCUUCCCUGUAUGGCAGCCUCCCCAGACAAGCCACGCCCCCUGUGCCUCUAACCAAACCUGGCAGGGACGCCACCUUCUCACCCGGACCUGGACUGAGCGGCGGGCCUCAGAACCUCCUCGUCCCCGGCCCGGCCUACACCCAGAACCCGUCCUCCAGCCCCCGCCCCCACAGACACCCUGACAGGGACAGGGACUGGGGGUCCGUCCGCAGGGGGAGCUUUGUGGAGCGCUGUCAGGAGCUGGCGAAGGGUUCAGAGGCGGCGGGUUCUGGUUUUGGGGUCCCAGCGGGGUCAGAGGGCGUGAGGCGGAGCUUAGCCGUGUGCAGCGAGUUAGAGGCCAGAUUCGGCCUCAGGACGCCGACCACCUUCUCCGUCACACCCGGCCCUCGCCACUCUGCAGGAACUUUACCAUCAUCAUCGUCAUCCUCCUCUUCCUCACACCGCAGGACCACGCCCACUUCCCCAACAAGCCCCGCCCCACCUCCACCCCCGCCCCCUGCCAUGAGCCCAACCCGCCCUCAGGCGCCCGUCUCACCUCGCCGCAGUGCAGCGUCAUCCCCUCUAACGUCGCCCACGUCGCCUCCUGCUGAUGUCACGGCGUCCCCCGAGAGCCCGGCGAGUCCCGACAGUCCGGCUUCAGCCCCGCCCACCAGCCCCAAACCUCACAUGAACGAGACCAGCUUCUGAUUGGCUGCCUGGACUGAGACUAGACUCUAUCAGAUAAGUGAGGAGCGGUUUCUCUCUGGACCUGGAUCAUGUUUGUGUUUGUUCUGCUGCCCCCUGGUGGCAGGAAGUCAUCGUUACUGCAGCUUUAACCGCCGUUAACUUUACGUUUUGUAAACUUUUAUAACGACAGAAGAAAGUUUGUUCCUUUUGUAUCUUUCUAACGUUUCUAUGGACUGUCUGUAUUAAAAUAAGUUUGUAUAGAAGCUUUAUUUUUAAAACGUUUGUUUCGUUCAGACUCUGAUAAAAGAAUAAUAACGUUG